GAACAUGAUGUAGGGGUCCCCAAAGAACCUGUCCGCAGGAGUGCUGUUUAAGCCUAGUCAGGUUUGCGACGAACGAAGACCGCAGCCAAGGAUAACUUCGCUAUCUGCACAUCCGCAUACUGCAGUUAUCCACCCCCCGCUCCCUCCUAGCGCAGACGGCUAGAGGCGUUGCUCCUACAGAAUAUGCAUGAGCAACACACCAGGUUGCUAGGGGAACUGUAACCCACGGGGCCUCGAUGACUUGGCUGAACACCCUGCAGCAACCAUCGACAGGCGUGGUUUCUUCUCGGUCUCGCGCCUUUGUUUUGAGGAGAGCCUGCAUUUCCAGUAGUAACGGACACAUACAUAACCCCGACCAGUACGUGGUCGUGUCCUUUGAAUCGACCCCCUCUCAGCAAUGUUCCACAGGAACUAGAUAUCUUCGAGAGCCCCGAGUUGGCUGACUCAUGGUUUCGAAUCGCUCCUUCUUUGUCCAUUAUGAGAAAAUUAGAUGGUACUUAUAGUUUUGGUAUGAAUAUGGCUCCAGUUUCGAAAUACAGACAGCAAGUAAUGUCUUGCCAGUCUCCAGAACUGACUCGGCCCGCUUGGCCUAAACUCGCUCCAGCAAUGAAUCUGUUGGAAGCUUGUCACACUUGUUGACGCAUCUCUCAUUUCGUUCCAGAUCAGUUAUACGUGUUCUUCGAAACCUGGCGUGUAGUGAAGAAGCAUUCCGAAUGUAGUGCUAUAAAGCAGCCCUUCUUUGUUGUGAUCCCCUCGAGCGUUGCGCUCCCGGUGCCUCUCCGGGAAACAGCCUCGCCCGCAAAGUGAAUGGACGGUGCCGUCUCUUUCGUCCCGCCAGGACCUUUUGUUUGUAGGUUGGGCGACUCGUGGCUCGACGCCGAUGCAUAUCUAUGAGCGAAGGUCGUGUUUUCUCCCACUAUCCUUGCAGAUUUCCCCCCUGAAGCAGAUGGCUGCUGUCACUUGCCUCCGAAUCGGUAACACUCCGCACAACAGGCGAGAGAGUGGCAGCCCAAUCCCCCUGCCAUUCAGGUGGUUCACGAAACUCCAGUGUUUGCGUCGCGCAUGCAUCUGUAUAUGGUAGGAUUUUCCACUUGAGUAUGCUUAAUUCCAGUUGGAAAGACCGCCAGGGUAGCGAUUCACACGUUCUUUUCGGGUUUCUUUCAUGGCUACUGGGACUGACGGUCCUGCCCGUCCCCCAGUCGACAAGGAAUCGACGAAGGGAGAGCAGAACCCUGGGGGGGAGCUGCGCGACAGACGCGAGGUUGAGGGGGCGACGGCUCCGUGCAUCCCGAUCGACGACCGUCGAAAACUCGCCCGAACGUCGAACGCGGAGACUGGGAAAUUAAGAGGACGCAGGUUGUGGAGAGGGUCACGGGUGCGUGGUGUUUCCGGGGGACAGCUGGAGCGGUCUGUUUCUCCGUAACUCUGUUUCGAUUCCGCAGUUUUUCUUGGAUGCAGUCAUGGGCGAAGAGAAUUGGUGGAGAACGCACCCCGAACAAACGGCAUCUUCACCCGUCUCCGUGGCGAAGGCUAUAGAUCGUCAUUCCGUGCAGUGUGGAGACUCUACUUUUUCUUUGCCAUUCUUUUGCACGAGCCACGUGCAUUCCGAGUAGAGCUACUAAGUUACUACCUCCCCCAAACAUUAAAAAUGCGUUUUCAAGGGUUCUGGCGCUGUGCACUGAUUCGCAAAGCAUCCUCGCCCGAACUCUGAACUCUAUCUAUGAUUCGAAGGACCCCGUGGCCGGCCCCCAUGAAAACGACAGUUCGCGUCUGCCAUCACCAACGUGAAAAAGCACCCGCUCUACAGUGGACUUUCUGCUUUUCGAACUCUUCGUUUACUGUUCCGCGGUAGGAAGGGUUGCAGGGGGAAAACCCAUCUUUCGAAUCUCGCUUCGUCUCCCGCUGAGCGGGCCCCCGCAGGAUACCCUCCGGUCACCGAUUGCCGGCCGUUUGUCUCUCUUUGGAUGCUUGUCGCACAUGCGACUCUCGCGUCCUUCUUUUUUGUGACGGGGCGGAGCCUGCAAGCGAAGAUGUCCAACUAAAUUUCGGUGUACAUGUCUGAGGACAUUCUACAGUAUUGAGGACGUGUUUUCCCGGAUGUCUCUGUAUGCCUUUGGGGCCACUCCUUGUUUGAGACUUGACAUUCUCUCGAUCCUCCGCUCCACGCUGCCCCGCAAACUCGUGCAAACAUCUCGCGACUUCAGGCGGAACUGUGAUCCAGUGUGGUACACCCUUGUGAGGAUUCGGGCCACCUCUUCCUCUUCGAGGGGGUCCGUAGGUCCAGCACCUCGCUGCCUCGCUUCGCUUACUUCAGUUGCGUAAACGCGUUCCGCUCAAAGUUUCUUGACAAGUUGUCAGCACAAUGGUGGAUCGCCGUAGCGCCGUCUGGCGGGUGGGUUUCCUUCUUACCCUCUGUACUCUCGUGGUUCUCUUCAGUGGCUGCCAGGACAUCCGUGCCGCGCGCGACAGCAGCGACGAGUCCGUGUCGCGUAGUGAGCGUCCUGCUCGAAAGGGCCUUGAAAAGAGGAGACGUCAUGAUUCCGAGAGUGACAUUUCCACGGUUGACGAGGGGGCGGACGGAGUUACCAGUGGCACUGUGAAUGCGAAUGCCGUUACCGCCUCGCACUCCGGAGAAUUGGCGGGGGGACACGCUCGAAAGGACGGUCCUAAGAUGAAGAAGACCUUGAAGAAAGGGAAGGGCAGUGGAUCCCAGGACACCGAGAAGGAAAGGUCGGAGGCAGGUGACAGAGCACAAAAAGGCCGAAAGAACGACGCGAAGAAGGCACGGACUACCGAGGCCUCCGGAGACGCUGAAAUGGCUGGAGCCCCGCGUGGCGACAAGGAAUUGAACGACAAAGAGGCAAGCUCGGAACGCAGAAACGAAGGGAAGCAUGUAGGUCACAAAGGGGCAGUACGCGGGAAAGACGCCAAGGGUGGAGCUGGAGCUCCGGCACGCCCCCCCGUGCAACACUCGCAAGGCCCAACGCGUGCGAACCCCAAAGCUGUGAAGCCGUUCAUCGAGCAGAAAGAGAAGAAGAUGGUUCUUGUUGUGGAUUGGCACACGAAGACCCUCGCAGCAACAAUGAACGGCCGCCGCCCUCAGGACGAAGACGCUAUGGUGGUUCACGGUCCGCUGAAAAACUUCCCAAAUGCUCGACUGAAGGCGAUUUUCGAUGGCCAUGGAGGCUACAGUGUUUCUCGACGAUGUGCCAGCGUGGCUUACGGUUACCUUGGCGCGAUGAAAAACCUGUCUCAAGAGUCUUUCCGGAGCGCUUGCCUCCAAAUGGAUGCAGACAUGCGUGCUGACACCUUGAAAGGAGGCUCUACAGGUUUGAUGGUUAUCAUCGAGAAGGUGGACGAUCCGGAAUCUCGAGACGGCAUCUAUUUCAACGUACAUGCUGCCAACGUUGGAGACAGUCGAGGCCUCAUUCUUCACUCGGAUGGAACCUACACGAUCAUGUCGAAGGACCACAAACCGACGGCGGAAGUAGAGAGAGAGCGAAUCAAACGGGCAGGUGGCUUCCUGCUGCGUCGUUUGGGUGUCUGGCGCGUUGAUGGACGAUUGGCCCUCUCACGGGCUUUCGGAGAUUUCGCGCUCAAGGACCGUCUUGACAUGAAGCCGAAUGAACAGAAGGUCGUCGCUCUGCCAGAUGUCAACGUAUUCAAAGCCAAGCCCGGUGACAUCAUCCUCAUGGGAUGUGACGGUAUCUUUGAACGACCAGAAAUGAACUGGCACUUCGUUGCCAGUCUACUCAAAGAGGAACUGGAAAGAACAGGAGGCGGACUUGCAGAAAUCGCUUACAGAAUUUUGGAGUCUGCGUUCAUGCUUGGAAGCAGGGACAACGUCAGCAUAAUGCUUACGAAGCUAGUGAAACGCCCUAUAAGGAAUACGCAAGUCAAACGCUUCGAUUACAGUUUCACAGGCGAACGCUAUGUGCUGCCUAGUGAAGUGCCAGUGAACAUGCCCACGGACAGGAAAAGCGGUCGCUUUGGCACGGGGGAGGAUAUGCUUGUGACACUGUUCUAAAAGUAGAGUCGAGGAAGUGAAAAGAGUUACCAACGGUGAACAGGUGUGGCAGAGGAAAGAACUGGGCCAAACAGAACUUCUCGUAUUCUCGGCAGACUUCGAAUGAUGCUUGAGCAUCGAUAGCAGCGGGAGUUCUGGAGGUCACUUGUGUCCCGCAUGUCACCGACUGAUGUUUGAGUCCCUGUCAGCCUAGGGAAAGUGAAGGUAGGCAUGAACAGAGCGGCCAAAAUAACAAGCGAUGAGCAGGUCUAAAGAGCUGCCAUCGCUUCGUACUCCGUCUUGUGCCCGAAAUCCGUAUAUACGGCAUCAACUGGGUAUCCACUGUUUCCAGGAUCGAGUGGUCACCAACUGGGUGCAAGGGUGGAUUAUUUCUCUACGAAUGAUAAGAGAUAAAUAACAGAACACGUUACAGUACAAUCUGGGCGGAUAUGAUGUCUUGUACUUGUAACGGUCUUCGCCUUGGUCAACCUUCGGGUUCACGAGGUAAUUUGUGGAGUGUUACCAUGUUUGGUUCACGAUAUGUGCGAAUGGCAACGACCAGUGAAGUUUUCGGGUCUCCCCGCAUUACAGCUAAGCCUCCUGAGGAGCACUCACAGCUUGUGCCCAGCGUUGUCUUUCGCAAAUCAGUUGUGCCGUGAUACGUCCCUAAAUUUGCAAAGAUUCUAAUGUCUAUAGGUAGAUGAGCUCUGAGGAAACUGCGCUACUGAGGACGCCUGCGGCUGGUGUUAAAGAACCGAACGUCGUUUUCGGUAAAGGGCGCUGCUUUUUGGGAACCUGUCAGAGUAAGAAAAGGCAAGAAACGAGGCUGGGUUCAAUCGGAGCUCUGUUUGACUUCGUGAUUCGUUUAAAACGACGCACUAUUACGACCUUGAGCCGUUCGACAUACUGUGUCCGUCGAAGUUCUCGCUAACAUUUCUUGGGUAUUCUGUGUCAAGUGUUAAGUUCCUGACUAACAAGCCUCUACCUGCGACAAAGAACUGUUGUGGCUCUCCUCUCUGGAAUGUGACGGGCAUGCGGUCGCAGCGGAGAUCCACUGAGGUAAAAGGAACUAGACAUAGGUUCUCUUUGGGCAGUUCCUCUUGCACUAGCUUCAACCGAGUUGCUUGGCACAUGUGUGUGCGUAUCGCCGUCGAUUCGCUCAAGUGGGAAGACCGCGCCAUAUUCAAAUUAAUUGAACAAAAGUGGGGAGACAGCGCGCCAAAGGUGUACAUUCUCCCUGUCCGCAGCUGCGCGAAGAGGUUUGCCGUGUGAGUGGGGACACCUUUUGUAGCUUUGUUUGCUUCACCGGGACCCCUUGAAACGUAGAAAAACGUGGAAAUAAUCUCUUCGUCACCAGCAGAACCCACAGUUCACAUUUCAUGCGCGUUGCCGUCCGAGGAUACGCAUUUUUCAGUCAAGUAUAGCCAUAUUUUUUUACACAAAAUGGACUGCAAGGGAGAGAAAAGUGUGAGGGGAGAGAAUAAUAAAUCGAAGAAGUGAGGGUAUGACCCACUGCAAAACAGAAAUAUUGCCCAGUGUUAUCUCUCUGAUAGCUAUAUUUUGUAACCUUAUAUAGAACAGUUGCUAGCUCCAUGAUUAUUUGAAAAGUGCUAUCUCGUAGCCCUUAAUAUCCAGAAACAGACUCACUACCGCAAAAAAACGAAAGAGUUCGUGAGAUACACGGAUAGCUUCUCAACCACCUGAGAUGAAUAUGGGGCACUCCUCAUGUGGGAGAAUUCCGCUGUCAUGCCUAACGUGUGCCGGCGGAUGUCUCGAAUACAUCCGAAGCCUCAUGGAAGCGUUGUAUAAACAAUGGGAUAGUGAAUGACAAGUGAGGAACAGCUUAUUCUAUAGCAUAUCAUUCGCUCAAUACGGCCUUAACCUGGACUCUACUUCGUCUCAGCUGAAAAGUAACUGACUGGAAAAACGAGCAAGAGUGUACGAGCA